UUAGAAUGAUGAUUACAAGUUAACGUGCAUCGAGCGCUAUUUGGCUCUCUUUUCUCUGUAUUUUUUUCGCUUUCCCGCAAAAGCCAAAGCCUAACAGCGUCCGUCGGUUCCAACGAUGAGCCAAUACAGGGCACAACAGCAAGCCCCAGUCGACGAACCGGAGGCCAACCCCCAGGGCGAAGACCAUGUACCUGACGACGAACAACAAGAUGAAAACGAUAAGGAUUCGCAACCAUCAGAACCCAAAGGAGACUACUUGAAUGUCGCUUCCCGGCCCUUCUUAAUGAAGAUCUUGCAAAAACAAGGUGACAGUAAAGUUUUGUUUGCGGAUAAAGUGUUGAAGUUCACUGCAUCAGGGAAGAUGAAACGACGGAAUCUUAUAAUCACUGAUUUCGCCGUUUAUAUUGUUGAUCCUGAAACCGAUGGGCUUAAACGCCGGAUAGCUUUAGCAGCCGUAGAUAAGAUGUGUCUGAGCGAUUUAAACGAUAACUUCCUCUCCAUUAUCAUUCCAACCGAGUAUGAUUUACUAAUGGCUAGUACUCGCAAAACUGAAAUUGCUACUUGCUUAUUUGAAGCUAUCAAAACUAGUGCUCAAUAUGAACUUGAGGUCUCUUUUUCCAGUAGCUUUGAAUAUAAUGCUACUGCCGAUCUGGUAAAGGAAGUUCAGUUCGAGGAAGUUGAAGGGGGUGUUAGAACUAGAAUUCUGAUGAAAAAAUAGUGAGUUGGCAACUUCUAUUUUUCUCGACUGAGAGACCUUGCGGGGAAUUGCAACUUUUUUUCGGUGUUCUCUGCGUGGUUCUGCUUGCCUUGGAGACUAACCCCGAAAAUAUGUAACCUUAUUCUUUUACACAUUAAUAUACUAUUUAGCACUGAAGCUUUGGAGUUGAUUUCCUCCUUUUUUUUUCCUCCUCUUUUUGCUCAAGAGGGACGCCCCAAAGUUUGAGCUUAAGAAGAUGAGGGUUUUUAGCAUGGUUAAUGACAGUAAAUCAAGUUUUUUUUCCAUUAGAAGCCGAUGAGUCUUCUAGUACUACUACUAUGUUAGAUUUGCUUUGUUAUCAUUGGCAAAGUUGGUAGUGUGUUUAGCUGGGGGCGUUUGAAUCUCAUGGUGUCAGCAGGAAUCUAAAGAUUAUGUCAUUAGAUUACUACAUUUGAUUUCUCAUGUUUUCAACUUUGACAUUAUAAAGGAUCCUUUUGGAUCAUGAAAUGUAAAAUUACCGGUGGGAACAUUAUGAUCUAUGAACAUUUGUUCCAACAAACAUUACCUUCUGGUAUCAGAAUUAAUAUUUAGUAAUAUAGGGGAAAUUUGUUUUUU